AUGUAGUGACUUGCGGUUUCGACACUAGUGCGGAGCGAAAGAGCGAAGAACACCUACUUCAAGAUGGAUAUAGUGGCUAUUGCUCUGUCCCUAGUGCAAGUACCAGUUCAUCGGCAGAUUUUGCCAUAAAGCUAUUUCCUCCGGUUUUUCUGGCCUCUGCAGCUGGUGCUAAGGAUGUGGACUUGUUGGGUUCCGUCUUCGAUGAGGGCCAAGAGCUUGUGAAAAAAUUUGACUUCAUUUCGGCAGCAACUACAUCACAGCACGAGGACUACAGCAAAAACGGAGGAUCUUCCACCGGCACUGCGUCUACGGCGCCCAUAGAGUUCAGGCAUCGUUGGGAUACAGAAAGUGGCGUAAUCAAGAUCGAACUACAGGCCCGUGACGUCGCUGAUGGCAGAGUCGUUCUCUUUUUUACGGCUGUUCAUAUAUUCAGGCAACAAGAAGACUGUGAAAGACAAAUGAUGGCUGUCUACCUAGAAGAGUUAGGAUGAUUUCUACGAUCAAAUGAUCAUAGUGAUGUCCACUAUUGCUAUUGAUCAUCUGACUCGACGUCGUUGUCGUUCUCAUUUGUCAUAAUAAUCUCCAGCAUUGCUACGAUACUAUCUUAUCUACGUAAGUACCUACUCUCUUCUAAUUCACCACAGCUGUUUCUCCCGGUGUGGAAAAUUUUGCAGAAUGUUGAGGCAAGCGGCCAAAGCUUUUUGACUUUGUGGAUGGGUAUCGAUAAUCAAGAGACGAUGGGCGAACACACUCCGAGACGAGAAGAGGU